CGGAGCCCGAUCGACUCUAGCUUACGAGCAGAGGAGGUCGCCGUCGGGAAGAAAAAGGAUUUGUGAUGGGGAGGUCGCCGUGCUGCUGCCACGACGUGGGCGUCAAGAAGGGGCCGUGGACGGAGGAGGAGGACAAGACGCUGGUGGAGCACAUCCAGAAGCGCGGCGGGCACGUCGGCAGCUGGCGCGGCCUGCCCAAGGCCGCCGGCCUCAACCGCUGCUGCAAGAGCUGCCGCCUCCGGUGGACCAACUACCUCCGCCCCGACAUCAAGCGCGGCAACUUCUCCGACGACGAGGAGCGCCUCAUUAUCACCCUCCACGCCGGUCACGGCAACAAGUGGGCGACGAUCGCGACGCACCUGGAGGGCCGGACGGACAACGAGAUCAAGAACCACUGGAACACGCACAUCCGCAAGAAGCUCCUACGCAUGGGCGUCGACCCCGUCACCCACCAGCAGCUGCCACCCGACCACCAGCUCGACGGCUCCUCCGCCGCUCUCCUCCCCGAGGCGCUCCUCUGGGCAGCGGCGGCAGCGACCCUCGGCGGCCUGGACAUCGGCACUCUCAGGCAAGCGCAGCUUCUGCAGCACCUCCUCCAGGCCGGCUCCAACAACGACGCAACUAACCUCGUAGCCAACUUGAUGGCUGCAUCAAAUGUUGGGCUGAACUCAAGCAACAGCAUAGUUCCAAACAUCCUGCUCCAGGACAAGUUUAACAUGCUGCCUGGUACGAACUAUCUACAGCCGGGCUACCUCUGCAACACCUCCAAUUUUGCAGAGCAAGACGUGGUGCAGCAGCAGCUGAUCAAUGCUAUGUCUCCGGGAACGAGUUCCUUUGCAGCAGCUGAACCAGCUGAUCAGCUCUGCAACACUGCUGCAUUCACAGCGCGUGAUAUUGCACCGGGGAUUGACAUGCUGCCGGUGCAGGAGUUCGCCGGCUUGAUGGAGCCCAUGGAACAACUACCCAAUCUAUGCUCCCUAGAGAGCGAUUCUUUCUGGAAGGAACUACUUGAGGACGGCUAUCGUCUAUAGUUUCUUUUUCCAAAUGAAAUAGAUGUGUUGUGUAUGAUGGUGUUGUACAUAACCUAUAACGUUUGCUUCA